CAGAGAUGCCUUAUCAUGGCUCGAUGGGAUACCAAUGCCAUCAUUCUCCACGGUUGGAUUUGCAAUAAGAGAAGCUCGACCACGACAGGAGCCUCUUCAGAGAGACCAGGAUGGGAAAUAGCGCUUGCGCUUAUUUACAAACCACUUCAUCAGGGGCUGCUCCAGUUCUCAUCUGCUCGAAGCCUCGAACGAUUAAUGAUUAGUUCGCAUUGUUGCCCCGUGGGGUUGCACGGCUACGACUUAGGUAGGUCUCACAGUAGUCUUGCCGUUUUCUCGAUAAACGGGAGAGGGGCUUGUCAGCUGUACGGCGAGAUCUGGUCUCUCAAGACAAGCUGUUGGAUACUGGGCCAAGGCGAUAUGAAGCUUGCACUGCAACAUGGCGAGGUUGAGUGAGAGAGAGAGGACGUAGAACUAAGGGGGAAGAGCUAUCGUGGCAAACAUGUGGCUGUUGCGGCGUGCCAUCUUUCAACACAUCAGCGUGCUGUUGGGCUGAAUUUUGAAAGGCAGGAGACAAUACCUAAUCGCACUGUCGUGAUAUAUGCUGUACUAU